AUGGCGGGUCCAGGAAGGUGGCCGUUACGGGCGAAGGAUGGAAGCUUUGAGGCGCUGGAGGUCUACGAUCGACGAGGCCGACCAGGGCACCUUUGUGCACUUCAAGCUCGCGAAGUGUGGGUGUGCCAAGGACGAACCGGCUCGGCAUGGGAUGAGCUCAUCCGACAGGGCCGAACAGAGAAGGAGGUAGCGGAUCAAGGCAAUAGAGCCACGGGCAUUCAAGUGACUUCCAACUUGCUGGUGAUGGCGGGUGCUUUGGUUGAGUUCGGGGAGAUCCUCGAAGAGGGGACAAAGGCUGGAGCCAUCGGUAAUGAGCCGUAUAACCUAUCCAUGGCCAAGUUGCUGGCCUGGCUCCGCAAGUGGAAGCAUCGCCAUUUUGGCGCGGGGGACAUGUUCGGCGGAGAUGGACGUGCUGGCGGUGGCCCACUCAAACGCCCUGUCUCAAGAUUGGGCGAGGCCCUAUGGCUGUCGUGUUUCGACGGAGACCUGGACACGGAGGAGAUGCCCGAGGUGACGAUGAAGGAGUACUUCAAGGACACAUCCGCUGGGGGCAGACGCCCAAAGUCUGUGAAGCCUGCUCAACUGCCAGCUGACCAAUAUGUGCUGCUGGAGCCCAGGAAGAUUCCUUUCGAUGGGUCAGUUCAGACUCAUGUGGAGGAGUGGCUCGAAGAGAACAUUGCUCGAAGCAAAGCAGCCACCACCUUGCGGAUGUACCAAUCCGCGUGGGGAAAGUGGGAAGCGUGGGCGGCCCGGCAAGGUUGGCCCUCUUGCUACCUCAAUGUGAAGGGAGACAAGCUGGAGAACGAGGACAAGCUCUUGGCGUUCCUGGGCUACCUUGGGUGGCUGGGCACUACAGCGGCUUCCAUCAAGCAGGCGCUGUUCGCGGUGAAGGACGGCCAUAAACGGGGAGGAGCAGGUGACCCGACUGAAGGGAUGUUCAGGGUGUGGAUGCUGGUCACCUCGCUGGACCGACACGCUGAGCGCAAGCCUCGACGUCUGGGUGUGACACCUGGAAUGCUAGUGUGGGUUGGGAAGAGCCUGUGCAACAGCGACUUGUUCGGGGAGGACCAGGUCGACAAGGCGAUGGUGCAAGCGGCCUUGCUGGUGGCAUGGUUCUUUAUGCUUCGCGCCAAGGAGUACUGCGACUCCGGGGGUGUGGACGCCCACAUGAUCAUCCGGGGCAUGGACGUCAGGACGGAGGUUCAAGCAGUGCUACAGAAGGCCGCAACGGCCGAGGGGCUCCCUGAAGAUCGCUUCAUGAGCCACAGCCUGCGGAUUGGUGGAGCAAGCGCUUUGUUCCAGGCCUCGGGCGAGAUCGAAUUGGUGAAAAGAAUGGGAAGGUGGAGUAGCUCUGCCGUGCAGCGGUACCUCUAUGAUGGUGGAGAGGUACUGAAAGAACUCGCAGGCCGAAUGGCCAGAGUGGACAAGCGAAUCCACUACACGUAG